UUAAGAUCAACUGAGAGUGGAGAUCGAAAAUUACGUGACAUAUUUAUGCACUAAAUUCAAAUCCAUGAAAGCCUCUAGUCCAAGCCAAGCUUAAGUUGCGUUGGCCAAUAGUUCCAAUUCCCACCAACCUAACCUUCUUCUCUGUUGACUGUUAGUUUUGAUUUCUAAACUCUCUUCUUCAUGAACAUCCACAACCAACCAUACACACACACAUACACACCUUAUAUUAUUAUAUGCAACAUGGAACAAUCCUAUCAUGUUCUUCAUUCAGAUAAACUUCCUUACUUUGAAACGGUUUUCAGAGGAAAAGAAGAUGUAUUGAUUGAAAAAGAAAUGGAAGGUUUCAAACAAGCAGUUGAGAGUGAAAACAAAAAUGAGUUGAUGUUGAAUGUUUUUGAAUCCCUCACUUCAACUAAGGAAUCCUUAUUUAGAGUAAUAGAGGGGUUAGAGGGAGAAAAAGAUGAAUAUUUUGUUAAAGAAAUGGUUAGUGUGGAAUCAGAAUUAAAAUUAGUUGAGGAAUCAAGGGUGUUAAUAUUGGAAGAGGCAAGGUUGAUAUCAAAGCUUGCAAUUGAGGUGGAAACAAAGGUGGAUAAAUAUAAGGAAUUAAGGAGGAAGGAAAAGAGAGAAUUGGAGAACAGUUUGAUUAGUUUAACUGAAGAGAAUAGGGAUAUUAAUAACUUGUUUAGGGUUGCUUUGUUGGAGAAAGAAGGAUUAGAGAAGAGAAUUAAGGGACAUGACCAUAAAAGGAUUCCCCUUUUGCAGUUUGCUGAGCUUGGAUUGCAGAAAGUUGGGUUUGGGUUCAUGAGAGGAAGUGCUAAUAGUAAUAGUAAUGAACAAUCAACAGAUACUACUUCUGAGGCUAACAUAUCAGAUAGUAGCAGUGAGUGUGAAUUGGAAGUUAUCAGUUUGGCCUCAACAGUAGAAAGGAUAAUGAAGAAUCUACGACUUGAAAUCACUCAAUUGAGAAGAUCUUUGGAAGAAUCUAGGUCAGACACAGAGCGACUCCAGUGUCUCACAGAGAAACAAACCAAAGAGAUUGAAGAUAAUAAACUCUACAUCAAGGAGUUAGAAGAUAGAGAGAGAAUAAUGGCUCAAAAUAUUGAGGAGUUUUUGAUUGAAAUCAAAGAAGCAGAAGAAGAAAUAGCCAGAUGGAAGGAAGCUUGUGAAUUGGAAGUUAAAGCUGGAAAAAAAGAGGUUGAAGAGCGUGACAAAAUGAUGGCUACGUUGAAACAAGAACUACAGAAAACAAAGGGUGCUUUGGACAUAUCCAAUGGAAAAUUAAAACUGAAAGAAGAACUAGCAAUGACUGCAAUAGCUGCACAAGAAGCAGCAGAGAGGUCUUUGCAGCUAGCUGAUAGCAGAGGAGUUGAACUUCGUCGGCAUAUCGAGGAACUAACAAGACAAUUAGAGGAAGCAGAGAAACGUGAACGUAAUAAUAGCCAUAAAGUGAGACGUAUAUGUUGGCCAUGGCAAGUUUUUAGAUUGAGUUCUAGUAAUAUUGCAGACUCUAGAAUUGGAAAUACUAAAAGGAUGCUACCAGAAAUGCAAUCAUUUCUUCACUGAAAUGUAUGUAGCAUAAUUUUCCAGAACAGUGAAUCGAUUCAUAUUAAACUCAAUUUUUCGGUGUGAUUCACCUAUUGUACGCACCAACGCUUAAAUUAACUAGUAAUAAUCAACUAACCACUGUAUUGCUCAA